AUGAAAAAAACAUGGGAUGAAGUGAGAGAAGUAUUCAAAGGAAAGGAAAAUGGAAUUGACCAAACUGACAUUCAGAAACUCAAAUACCUAAAAAUGGUAGUUAAGGAGACUGUAAGGUUUCAUCCUUUAGCUCCAUUAUUAGCUCCAAGAGAAUCCAGAGGAGAGUGUGAGAUUAAUGGCUAUGUUAUACCCAAAGGCACAAUGGCCCUUGUGAACUUUUGGGCAAUUUCAAGGGAUCCAAAUUAUUAUCAAAAUCCUGAAACAUUUGAUCCUGAGAGAUUUAAUGAAAGUCACCUUAAUUUUACUGGAGCUCAUUUCGAGUUUACGUCAUUGGCACAGGAAGAAGAAUUUGUCCAGGAUUAUCAUUUUCACUAG